UGCCCCAGUGCCCACCACUGGGCCUUAACCUUUGACGACGGCCCGAGCAAUUACACCUCCGAACUUUUGGACAUCCUUGACGAGUACCGCAUCAAGGCCACAUUCUGUGUCCUGGGUUCGAAUGUCAAGAGAUACCCGCAGGUCCUUCAAAGGAUCUUUCAAUCUGGCCACCAGAUCGCCUCUCACACAUAUUCCCAUCCACAUCUCAUGAGCCUCACGAACGAAGAAAUUAUUUACGAGAUCAAGGCUACCGAGGAAGCCAUCCGGGACGCCAUUGGUAUCAAGCCCAAAUACAUCCGGCCACCGUUUGGUGAGGCCGAUGACCGUGUCAAGGGGUUGUUGCGCACCAUGGGUUACCGUGUUCUGAUGUGGAACGUAGAUCCUACUGAU